AUGAUUGCAAGGAGAUUGAUGAGUCAUCAAACUCUUCAUAAAUCACUAAUAAUCAACCCCACCCUACGUACCAGCAUACUCCUUCCUCGAUUCUAUAGUACAAAAAGUCCAUUCCCAUUAAAACCACCUACCCCGACUUCCAAAGAACCAGAAAUGCCCAAAUGGCGUCAAUGGGGUCUCUAUAUGAAAACCAAGGAAUUCAAAAAGAAAAUGACUGGAUAUUAUCUCGGUGGGUUCGGUGUGGUCUUAAUCACGAUGUUUUUCUACAUGAGAGAUCGAUUUCAUGAAAAUAAACAACUUAAAAUCAUCCAAUCGAAAUACUUUAAAGAUCCAAAAUCAUUAAGUGAAUAUGAAUAUUUGAUGUUUAAAACCCAUAAUCCUCAAGAGAAAUUACGUCCCUUAGAAAUGAAGAAAUAUAAGAUUUAUCAAAUGAUGAGAAAGGAAUUUAGAAGAAAGAAUUUAUUAGAUUCUGAAGCGAUCUUUAAUCCAACUCCUGAAGAAUUGGAUGAAUGGUAUGGUAGUCAAGCUAGUAGAGUUAAGAAAUUACGUGCUCCUGUUUUGACUGAAGAUAUUAUGGGCAAAGGUAGAGAUCUGAAUAAGAGUAAUCCAAAUAUUGUUAGUGCUGAAGAUACAACUGCGUUUUUUGAUGCCAAAGCCAAAGAAUAUGAUGAUGAGAUCAAAUGGGAAGAAAGAGGGAUCUUGAUGGGGUUCAGAAGAAGUUGGCUAAUGAGACAAUUGAAGGGCGAUGUUUUGGAAGUUGCAUGUGGUACCGGAAGAAAUAUUCCUUAUUUACGUACUGAUAAGAUUAAAUCAAUUACAUUUUUAGAUUCUUCAAGAAAUAUGGUUGAGUUAUGUAAAGAGAAAUUCCGUGCUGCCCAUCCAAAAUUCCAAAAGGUGGCAUUUACUGUCGGGAAAGCUGAAGAUCUAGUUGAUUUGGCGGAUGACAAUCUUAAAUAUGAUACUGUUGUGGAAGCCUUUGGAUUAUGUGCCCAUGAAGAUCCUGUCUUGGCAUUAAAGAAUAUGGCCAAAUUAUUAAAACCAGGUGGAAGAAUUGUGUUAUUGGAACACGGUAGAAGUACUUGGGAUUUCAUUAACAAUCAUUUAGAUUUCAGGAGUGAAAAAAGAAUGAAAACUUGGGCAUGUAGAUGGAAUUUAGAUAUUGGAGAAUUGGUAGAUGAAGCAGGUUUGGAUAUUACGUAUGAAAAGAGAGUGCAUUUCAGAACUACUUGGAUGUUAGUUUGUAAGAAACCUGAAGAUCCACUUUCAUUUGAUGAAAAGCCAUUCUGGAAUAAAUUAUGGGGUACUGAAGUCCAACAUGUUAAGAGGUAG